GUAUCCAGGGGAGAGUCUGCACUCUGUCACAAGGGGCUGCAAGGUGCCUGCACUUCACAAGUUGGGGCCUGUGGACAACUUUCCCCCCCUGUGCUGUAGUGAUGGGCAGGCGUGUUGUGAGGUGAAUGAGGAACUUGAGGCACCGUGCAAAGUCAUGUGGAGGGGGGAGAAUUUUAAUUUAGCAGAAAGAUGUAAAAUUCAAGGAAUUUAUGACGUGUGAAGCAAUGGCCUAAGAUGACAUGCCCGGAUCCCGCUACCGCCGUGCCACUCUUGCUUUAAACUCUUUUUGGCUGGCAAUGUCACAUCAUGAGCUGCAGAGAAAUGGAGGUCACAAUUUCCAAGUUUCCUCUUGGUCGAAUAUGAGUAAAGACUUGGCAUCAAACAUCAAGAACCUUGGGAUUAUCGAGGUCCAUGACAUUACUGUCGACAGUGAUAUUCACAAUCUUGGCAAAUGGAGUCGAAAAGAUUCCCAGUCUCAUACUCUCCCAGACUUCAACCAUGACCAUUUAGUUCCAGUCGGUGAAAGCAACAGCGUCACUUCAGUGGAUUCUGGCAUCCCCACCCUCGAGAUCGCCAACCCGGAGCCCGUCCAUUGCAGCACCAGAUCGAACUGUUUGAAUGGAGCCGUUGGGGAUGAAAGAGUCUUUCAAAACUCCAAAAGUAUACACAGUAGUGGUACCCCAUGUCUGAGGAACUCCGAAAGCGAUCACGUUAUCUGGAAGUCCUCCACCUUUCCUCGGUCUGGCUAUGACACGGCCAAGCUCUAUAGCCCAACUUCUCUUAACAGAAGUGACAAUAUCUCCGACUGCAGUGUCUCCAGCCUCAGCACAGAUUUUUCCACCACUUUGUCGGUGAGCAAUGAGGACAUUGUAGAUUUCUUAGUGACCAGCAACUCAAGUGCAAUUGUCAACUUGGAAAAUGACGAAACACAUUUUUCUGAUGUUACUUUAAACUCUGCGAAGGACAACUUGGAUGCAUCUCUUAAGGGCUUUACUCAGGACGGGGACAGUAAAACAAGAAUAUUGGGGCCGAUCAGUAACUUCUUCAACAGGAACAUUUUUGCACGGAAGAAGAGUGUCCAAGUAGAAAAACAAAGUGAAAUUGGAUGGAAAUUAUUUGGAAAAGUUCCCCCUCAUGAACCUCAGCAGAGCAACUCCCGGAAAACACAAGAGGAAUAUGAAGAUAGACUUGGGCAUGCUUCAAAGUCUCCAUCCCCAAAGCAGAAUGUGAGGAAGAGCCUGGUGUUUGAACCUCUGUCCACCACAGCCCUUAUAUUAGAAGACCGGCCUGCAAACCUUCCAGCCAAACCAGCUGAAGAAGCCCAGAAGCACCGACAGGAAUAUGAAGAAAUGGUGGCCCAAGCUAAAAGGAGAGAAUUUAAAGAGGCCCAGAGAAAGAAAAAGCAACUGGCAGAGAGAUGUAAACUGGAGGAAAGUAUUGGGAAUGCCGCUCUAAUGUGGAACAAUGAGAUUCUGCCCAACUGGGAAUCCAUGUGCUGUUCUCGAAAGGUUCGGGAAAUGUGGUGGCAGGGGAUCCCACCAAGUGUGAGAGGCAAAGUCUGGAGUUUGGCGAUAGGCAACGAGUUAAAUAUCACUCAUGAGCUCUACGAUAUCUGCUUAUCCCGGGCGAAGGACCGAUGGAAAUCAUUAAGCAUGGGAGGGUCUGAUGGGGAAAAUGAAGACUCAGGUUUGUCGGCGUCUGACAGGGAAGCCAGUCUGGAGCUAAUAAAAUUGGAUAUCUCACGGACAUUUCCAAGUCUAUGUAUAUUCCAGAAGGGUGGUCCCUAUCACGAUAUGCUGCACAGUAUUCUAGGGGCCUAUGCUUGCUACAGACCUGAUGUUGGUUAUGUCCAGGGUAUGUCUUUUAUUGCUGCUGUGCUGAUCCUGAACCUGGAUACUCCUGAUGCCUUCAUCGCAUUCUCAAACCUCUUAAAUAAGCCUUGUCAGAUGGCGUUCUUCAGAGUUGACCAUGGCCUUAUGUUAACUUACUUUGCAGCAUUCGAAGUAUUUUUCGAAGAAAAUCUGCCCAGAUUAUUUGCCCAUUUCAAGAAAUAUAAUUUGACCCCAGAUAUUUACCUAAUAGACUGGAUAUUCACCUUGUACAGUAAGUCUCUACCGCUGGAUCUGGCGUGCCGGGUGUGGGAUGUGUUCUGCCGCGACGGGGAGGAGUUUCUGUUCAGAACUGCCUUAGGAAUACUUAGACUAUUUGAAGACAUUUUAACAAGGAUGGACUUCAUUCACAUCGCCCAGUUUCUGACCAAGCUCCCAGAGGACUUAAGCGCUGACGAUUUUUUUGCCUCUAUCACCGCAAUUCAGAUGCAGAGCCGGAAUAAGAAGUGGGCUCAGAUCUUGUCGGCUUUACAGAAAGAUACGCGUGACACGGAGAACAGGAGCCCCGCUCUAAAACGCUGAAUUUUUAACUCAGGAUGGAACAUUAAGGAUUUUGUUUUCAACCAAGAGAGAGAACAGAAUUCUACUUCAGGACUGUGUAAACACUGGAAUUGGCCUUAAGACUUUUAAGCCAGUACUUGCUGAUCAUCUUUGUUCCAAAAACCAGUCUUCGUGCUCUUCCUCAGCUGUGAUCAGCACCGAAACUACAAUUCUGGAAAGGACCAGGCUUGGCAAAUAUUGUCUUGAAUUCGUGAGGCCGGGCCUCAGUAUGUGCAGUAGUGUAUUUGUGUUUUUGUUUUUUUAUUUUUAAAUUUCCUUUUGUUCCAUUGCAAAGAACAACAUGAGCAUCUUAAAAAUCCAAGGGAAGUGAUAACAUUCUGCUGGCUUCCUGCAGCCACCACUAGGGGACGAUGAGGAGCUUACUGCAUACUGUUCAUACACUGGAUUCAAUGAGAAAGCUGUAUGCAGUAAGCAGAGUGGUGGCUAUAGGCAAAGAGAAUGCUAUCUGUUAAACCCUAUCUAUGCAGGAGGCUUGAAGCCGUGUGUCUGAAAAACGAUAGGUUAAAAGAUUAAUCCGCGAACUAUUAUGGACCUAUUUUAUGUGACAAAUACUAUUGGUUCUACUAUAGAAUCCUGAUGGCAUUUAGUACUUUUUUUUAUACAUACAAUUUGUAAGAGAAAUAAAAAAAUGAACAAAAUAAUAUUCCAAAUGAAUAGGAAUGUCCUGACUAGAGAUGAGCGAACUUACAGUAAAUUCGAUUCGUUACGAACUUCUC